AGCGAUGAAGGGUCCAACGAAGGUGGAGUGGAGACGCAUGAAUUUCCUGUAGUAAUGGUUUCAAAAUCGCACCUUUCCGGGACGGACGACGAGCCCGACGAGUGAGGCGGAUCCCAGUACAGUCCCUGCAACUUUGCAGGGUCCUCGACACCGCAGAGAGAGAGAGAGAGAGAGCGCGAGAGAGGGCGAGAGGGAGACGCAGGAUGAAGCGAUUCUUCAAGCCCGUGGAGAAGGACGGCUCCAACAAGAAGCCCGCUCUGUCUCAUGGCGGCGACGACGGCGAAACGGCGGGUGAGGAGAAGAAGAAGAGAGAGCCACUGAAGUUCCUGACGUGGAAUGCCAACAGCUUUCUCCUCCGCGUCAAGAACAACUGGCCCGAAUUCACCAAGUUCGUCUCCGAUCUCGACCCCGACGUCAUUGCCAUACAGGAAGUAAGGAUGCCUGCAGCUGGUUCAAAAGGUGCGCCUAAAAAUCCUGGAGAGUUGAAAGAUGAUACAAGCUCCUCACGAGAGGAAAGGCAGAUACUGAUGCGCGCGCUUUCAAGUCCCCCCUUUGGAGACUAUCGUGUUUGGUGGUCCCUUGGAGAGUCGAAGUAUGCAGGGACUGCACUGUUAGUGAAGAAGUGCUUCAAACCGAAAGUCUCCUUUUCUCUCGAUGGCAAAGCGUCAAAGCACGAGCCAGACGGUCGAGUUAUCUUGGCCGAAUUUGAGACAUUUCGUUUGUUGAAUACAUAUUCCCCUAACAAUGGUUGGAAGGAGGAGGAGAACUCAUUUCAAAGAAGAAGGAAAUGGGAUAAAAAGUUACUGGAGUUCGUUGUCAAAUCGUUAGACAAGCCCUUGAUUUGGUGUGGUGAUCUUAAUGUGAGCCAUGAAGAGAUUGAUGUAACUCAUCCAGAGUUCUUUAGCGCUGCAAAACAAAAUGGUUAUGUCCCUCCUAAUCCAGAGGACUGUGGACAGCCUGGAUUUACCCUGGCUGAGAGGAAGCGCUUUGGAGCCAUACUGAAGGAGGGAAAACUCAUAGAUGCAUACCGAUACCUGCACAAAGAUAAGGAUAUGGAGUGCGGCUUUUCAUGGUCCGGAAAUCCUAUUGGGAAGUAUAGAGGAAAAAGAAUGAGAAUCGAUUAUUUCAUAGUUUCAGAGAAGUUCAAAGAUAGGAUCAAAUCAUGUGAGAUGCACGGGCGAGGGAUUGAAUUGGAAGGUUUUUAUGGAAGCGACCAUUGCCCUGUCUCCCUUGAGCUUUCAGAAGCCAUAUCAGAUUCUGUGUAGAGCCAAGGUCUAAACUUAAGGUUAUGAUGUUUCAUGCAUUCCUCGGAUGGGCAUCUAUUAGAUCGAUGGUGCAUUUAUUUUUAGAAGCAUGGUGCAGGCAUUUGUCAGACUGAAAUUUAAUAUUAGGAUUGUCGAGUCCAUAGUCAUGCUAUCUUACCUGCAAUGGCCCAUCAGCAUUUACAUUUCGGUCAAGUUUUGUACUAACCAAUCAUUAAUGUCAAUUGGCAGAUUUGGAGUUGACUGUAUCGUUUUGUUUGACUCAUACCUAAUGGCUUCUAGACUCUGCUCACUGCUCAGAGGCUCUUUAAUGUACACUAGGGUUGUUGCUUGUCGAUUGAACUGUUUAGAUAGGAACUGGGGAAAAGUGGGUGAUGUGCUUUCUGAUCUCAUGGCAUCCCAAAUGGCAGUGGCAUCUUUUGCUUUAGUUGGUGGAGGAUGGCUGGGAGAGAAUCUGUCUGCUUGGGCAUGAAGUUUCCAUUCUCAGUAUCAUUUGAUGAAAAAUCUGGAUUGGAAGACAUUGUUGGUACUAGAAAGAUUCAUGAUUAGCAUGCCGUCCGGGCUUGAGCUUGCUUAAUGUUGAGUUAGAUUGGGGUCACAUUGCUUGUAGCUAGAAAGAUCCCUCAACAUGCUUGAUGAAUGGUGCACAUCAUGAAGAAUAUACUCUGUGGUCCAGAUUCAGCAAUCGAGGCUACAGCCCUUUUGAAGAGCUUCGGGCAUCUCGGCAAAGUCUUUUUACUUUUCGAGAAUGGUUGUAGCCCCACUACAUCGGUCCUUCAUUUGAUGAGAUGAAGGGUUCGAAUUCCUCUUAGGUUGCUUCUCACGCCUCACCUGGUAGGGUUAGGCACGGCACGACUCAUCUGCGUUGGGUGGUAUUAUGGGAUCUGUACACAUUUGCUUUACUGACUAGUGAUCACUGAGGAGUAGGCAGGCGAUCUCCUGCCGAAAUAAUGCUAAUGCAGAGCUAUCACCGUUCGGCCUAAAGGAUGGUAUUGUUGCAUGCGGCUUGUUCAGUCGAACACAUGUUUGAUCUUGGAAGUUUGAUACUCGUGUUUUGGCUCA